GGCAGACUUGCAGGUCCCUGUGCCCUUCCUGCCCUGCUAGUUCCUGCUGGGGCUGGCGGAGGACUUAGGGAUGCUCCAGCAGUGGGUGUUCGGGCGCUGCUCGCCCCCGGGGCUGCUGCUGCUGCUGUGCUUGGCGCGCACGUGCCCCAGCGCUGCGCCUCGGCGGCCCGUCAACUUGGUCUUUGUGUUGGCCGACGACCUGGGCUGGGGGGACGUCAGCUGGCACGGCUCCGAAAUCCGCACCCCGACCCUGGACGCGCUGGGGGCGGGCGGCGUGCGCCUGGAGAGCUACUACACGCAGCCGCUGUGCACCCCGUCGCGCAGCCAGCUGCUCACCGGCAGGUACCAGAUCCAUACAGGUUUACAGCAUGAAAUAAUUUGGCCGUGUCAGCCCAGCUGUGUCCCACUGCAUGAAAAACUCCUGCCUGAGCUACUUAAAGAGGCAGGAUAUGUUACCCACAUGGUGGGGAAAUGGCAUUUAGGAAUGUACAGAAAAGAAUGCCUUCCAACCCGCAGAGGAUUUGAUACUUACUUUGGUUACCUUCUUGGAAGUGAAGAUUACUAUUCUCACGAGCGCUGUGUGGCCAUCGAAGCGAAGAACGUAACUCGGUGUGCUCUUGAUUUUCGAGAGGGAGAAGAAGUUGCAGAUGGAUUUAAAGACAUGUACUCUACUAAUGUGUUUACAGAAAGAGCAGUAGAUCUUAUAGCUAAUCACCAGACUGAGAAGCCUCUCUUUCUCUACCUCGCUCUGCAAUCAGUCCACGAGCCUCUUCAAGUACCUGAGAAAUAUAUAGAGCCAUAUUCUUUUAUCAAAGACAAAAAGAGACGCAAAUAUGCAGGAAUGGUGUCUAUUAUGGAUGAAGCUGUGGGAAAUGUCACUGCAGCCCUGAAGAAGUACGGCCUUUGGAACAACACGGUUCUAAUAUUUUCUACAGAUAAUGGGGGCCAAACGUUGGCAGGUGGAAACAACUGGCCAUUAAGAGGAAGAAAAUGGACACUGUGGGAAGGCGGAGUGAGAGGAGUGGGAUUUGUUGCAAGUCCUUUACUGAAACGGAAGGGAGUGGAAAGUCAUGACCUUAUCCACAUUUCUGAUUGGCUGCCAACCCUGGUGAAGCUCGCUGGAGGGUCUACGAAUGGCACAAAGCGUCUAGAUGGUUUUGAUGUCUGGAGAACAAUCAGUGAAGGCGAACCUUCCCCCAGAACGGAGCUGCUUCAUAACAUAGACCCGAUUUUUGUGGAUCUGUCUCCAUGUGCAGGUAUCAGCAACAGAACUUCAUCGCAGAGUAAUUAUUUUUCCUGGGAAGAUUCAAUUUUCAAUACCUCCAUACAUGCUGCAAUUCGACAUGGAAAAUGGAAACUACUAACAGGCUAUCCAGGUUGCUCCCACUGGUUUCCACCGCCAUCUUUAUUUAAUGAGUCAGAGGCUCUGUCUUCAGACCCUCCAACCAAGAAACUUUGGCUCUAUGAUAUUGUUAAUGAUCCCGAGGAACGAAGUGACUUGUCAGAACAAUAUCCUGACAUUGUGAGAAAGCUCCUUUUGCGUCUCCGGCACUAUAACGAUAACUCUGUUCCCGUGUUCUACCCAAAAAAUGACCCUCAUUGUGACCCAGGAACCAAGAAAGCCUGGGGGCCUUGGAUGUAGGAAACUGCUCAGCAGCCUGAGAAAGGUAUGUCAAGGGUAGUCAUAGAGCUGAUUCCCGCGUUAUAUUUGUGUGCAUAAAAAUGUGUGCAUCCUUGUGUACACCAAGGCAAAGUGUACAAAAAUGUUCCAUGGGAAUCAGCCCAUAGACUCAGGGACACAGACACUUCUGACUCGUUUAUUUUACCUCUUCAGCUUUCACUUCAGUCCAUUAGAUCCAUUUCUUCAUACUCAAAAGCUGUUUGAAGGAUCCAGUUUCACCAUCGGUUGUGCUUGAAGUUCUAUAGAAUCAUAAAUCUGCCAUUUGGAUGUUGGUGGGUUUUUUGCCGUCCAUGACAUGUCUCUGAAGCAGAGGGUAAAAUGAUGCCGCCUUCCCAAAGUUCCUGGCCAGCUGGGAAACAUUAUUUCAGUUGGAAAGCUCUGAGUCAUGCGGGGGGGGGCAGGGCCUUCUAAAUUCUUUCGCAUCUGAAGUCAAAGGCUUGAUUUCAUACUUGUCGGGAGCCAGCUUUUAUCGGAGGCUGACAGAGUUGUAAAGGAAAGGAGAAAGAAGCCAAUUGUAGAGUUCCUUUUCUCUCUCUCCACCUUUACCUCACGAGUCACUCUAACGGGAGCAUCCUGGAGUCUCCAUGAAAAGAACCUCUUAGCAGCUACACACCAAGGUCCUAGCGAUAGCCAAACAUCUCAGCUCUACACCCAAAGUAUCUUAUUUCCACAAUAUGAAUAUUGUGAUCAAUAUGAAUACCGUGUCCACAGUGGUGGACAGGAUGGUGGCGUGGAGAUGUAUACCUGACCUCCCAGCAGGUACGUUGCUGCUGCUUACGUGGAGGGAGAAGGGCAAGAUAUUGUGGAGGGUGGCACUGUGCAUAUGACACUGGCAGGAGCACUGGAUUGACUCUGCUGGCACCUUUGAGAGCCAGUGUGGUGUAGUGGUUAAGAGCGGUAGACUCGUAAUCUGGUGAACCGGGUUCGCGUCUCCGCUCCUCCACAUGCAGCUGCUGGGUGACCUUGGGCUAGUCAUACUUCUUUGAAGUCUCUCAGCCCCACUCACCUCACAGAGUGUUUGUUGUGGGGGAGGAAGGGAAAGGAGAUUGUUAGCUGCUUUGAGACUCCUUCGGGUAGUGAUAAAGCAGGAUAUCAAAUCCAAACUCCUCCUCCUCCUCUUCUUCUUCUUUGCACUGCACCAACCUUGCCGCCACUGUGAACCUUCCAGUAAGCAUCAGGAGGUGAGGUAGCUGCCUCCACCCCACCAUUCCAUCUGCUACCGCCCUAUUAUACAUAUUUACUCAGAACUCUUUGGACUUCUUUUUUUUUACACAAAGUCCCCUCACCAAAGGCUCCUGAUUAAACUUAGUAGUUAUGGGAUGAGAGGAAAGGUUCUCUUAUGGCUCAGUAACCAAAUAGCAGAAAACUGGGAGCAAUAAUAUAUGGACAAUUCUCACAAUGGAAGUGGGGUUCCUCAAAGAUCUGUGACGAUACCAGUGUUUUUAAUAUGUCUGUAAAUUAUGUGGAGUUAGGUGUGAGCAGAGAGGUAGCCAAGUUUGCUGAUGACACUGUUUUGUUGAGGCUAGUAAAACCAAAAAGGGACUGUGAAGACUUUUGGUAUGAACUCCACAAAGUGGGUGAAAACGUAAUAGCGGUUUAUAGAAUUCUGCACGAGGUGGAAAAAGUAGGGGGAAAUGUUUUGGGAGUAUCUUAAUCUGUGUCACGUGUUCUUUUUAAAUAAAGGGAUGGUCAAAUGCCAUCACAGGAUGAUG